GUUUUCAAUUAGCGUCUGCGCGGACAAGAGGAGGGCGAUCGCAGGUAAGUUUGUGAGAUGCGAGCUUGUAAACGCUCCAACAAUCAGAAUGGUGCCAUCGACUCUGCUUCACUAGCUGGCUACUCGAUGCAUGCCACAGGCCGGGCUGUGUGUCUUGUGCUGCGUGCGGCCUGACGUCCUAGGCUGAGCAGCCACUGAGACGCGCACCAAGGGCGUGGGCACAUGCUGCGCCGGGGGCCGCAAGAACGAGGAAUGGGCAACACAACCCGACCGCGGGCACCGACAUGCAACUGCAAAAAGCAAAGAGCCCAAGCAGCGGGGAAGCUUUUCGCCCGGCCCUUGCGUGCCACCUCGCUGCCGGCGGGGGCCUUGCGUGUUGCCUUUCGCGCGCCCCCCGACAAGCGCUCCGCGCUGCUGAGGCGUGCGCCUGCGGCAUGACUGCAGUCCGUGCGCGUGCGGGAAGUUUGACAGCGCCGCCCGCCUGCCGUUUCUAUUUGGGCGGGCGCGGGCCGGCGCGGGACAAGGCGCUCGCGUGCUGUGGCGCCCUCCUUUGGCGGCGCUGCGGCCGCUUGCGUCGCCGAAUUCGUGGCGCCGUGCGCCGCAGCGAGCGGGCGCGCAGUUCCCCCGAAUGACCCAGCUGGGUUUGCUGCGUGUUCGUCGCGGACUCUUGCUGGGGUUGCAGCUGGGGUUGCUGGCGCCGCAGCGGAGAUUGCCGCCCGCCGCGGCUGCUACAGAGCAUCGGCCCUAGAUUGCAUAAGUUUGUG